CAAUAUUGCUCGGAGUCGCGUUCCCCACCCGUAAACUGAUGUUGUCUCCUGUUGAUGACGUCGAUCGGGCGCCUCUGGUCCCACUAAGGUUUUGAUGUUUUCCAAAACAUUCGCAAAGUUAACUGCAACGAGGUCCAAACGUUCUGGAGCUCUAAUAUGGCAGCCUACGCUAAUGUCGGUUUAAUGAUCAUGUACGAGGACGAGUCGGUGGAUGUACGUUACGGAGAUGGAUCCCGGUUAUUUCUGUCGCCUUGCGGGUCCGAGUUUGUGCUGGUGAAACCCCCUGACCCCUCCGCACAUCCUCUCCAGCCCUGUGAGAGAGUUCGACAGAGGACAAGAUUCACCGUCAGCGCCUACAAGGAAUUGAUGGUGGAUGCACUGAUAUUCAGAAAUAAGUAUGCCACUCGCCCAUACCUGCCUGAGGAAAUUAUCGCUGCUGAUCAUAAAAAGCCUUUUUACAGUAAUGACUCACAGGUGGAGUGGCCCAAAUUAUCAUCCUCUGAUGCUGAACUCGGGCCCAGUGGUGAGACCAUCAUUAGGUCAGUAAAGGGAAAAGCCGCUCUAUUGCUGUCAUCCUCUGGGGCAGAGUUCUUGGUAGAGUUCAACUGCGACCUUAGUCAAGCUCAGAAUAGGUACCAAAGAGCACAUAGUCUGAGCGGAGAUACUGGUGAACAGUUGAGCAAUGCAACCCGUCAAAGAAGCGUGGCUGGCUGCCCGCAAACAACUGAUGAUGAACGUAAACAGACUGUGGUAAGAGGAAAAGGAAGGAGAGGCCUGAGCAGAUCACAAUCUUGCUCUCCUCAAAAUAACAACCCCAGCACUGCCCAGUCCAAAGUAUAUCUCUCCACCAUUGUAGUUCAGCAUCACUCGUGCUCCUGUGUGGACCCUAUGUGGCUUUAUCCUCUCUCCCUGGCUCGUCACCACUGGACCAUUCGUCACUCCAAGCCUCCUGGAGAUACCGAGGCAGAGGGAGCCAGAGACCCUAGUCAUGCAUAUGGGGGGAUAAACACAACAGAGGUAUCCAGUGAAGAAAGAAGGUCUCGUCUUCCCGAAGCGCUGCCUCUCACAUGUACCUCCCCUCACCGCCACAGGUGGAGGACAGUGACCCCCCUGGUCCAAGGUGAACAAUAUAUAGACCAAGACCUUCCAAGAGAGCUGGUAAAAGUGAUGUGGUGCGAUGGAGUCAUUUACAGGAUACUCAAUGGAGCCAUGCCAGUCGUAGAGGUGUCCCCAGGAGAUGGAUCUGUCAUUCGGUCAAAUGGUACCCUGAACAGUUAUUUCACCCACCACAGAAAUGAGCCCCGUUUAGGGGAGGUGAAAGAGGUCACAUACCAUCUGAAAAGCCUUCCACCUGAUGUACCCGGGCAGGUCAUGUCUGUGGGUUCUGUCCUGAGUCGUGCAAGCAGGCUCCUUACUUGUUACAACAAUGCCAGGCAUUCAUUAAAGCUGCCCGUUACACCCAGCUGUUUGGAACAGGGCAUCCUUUUCUCUGAGUCAGUCACCUGUGAAGAGCAAGUACCAGAUUCAGCACUUAAAGACCAUCAAAAUAUGGUGACACAGACGGUACACAUCUCGCCGAACGUUGUUGCUGCAGAGCUGGAGAAGAUAAGACAAUUCAGUCUUCUGCUGGACGGCAAGAGUCUGCUUAGGAAGGAGGAAAAUGCUCCAAAGCUAGGAUGCAGUUCUGCACAACAGGAGCCCGUUACUGAUCCUUUGAGUGACAGCUGUGUCACCGAAGCCCUCCAGAAAACAUCCAAAGCUAUACAGGACAUCGACAAUCUGAUAUCAGCGAUCAAAAUCACGUGAAGUGCCUCUGUUUUGGAGAGAGACUUAAGAGGAAGACAACUGUUUAAAAGGUUGUCAAGUUCCUGUGAACGUAUGAGUUGUACUUAUUUUGGAUACUAUGUGUAAGUGAAUAAUAAAUAUGUGCCUUUUGUU